CCUUCCCGCCCUUCGAAUGACGAGGGAGACAGGUAGGUACGAAGGGAUACAUAUUUGAGCAGACAAAUUUCCGUUCGAAUAUGAAAUUUCUGUACAUCGCUUCUCAAGAUUGUGUUUUCUUUUGCUACUACAUUGAUAUUCUAAUUCGUACACUUAUAACUUCAAAUAUUGUACUACGAGGAGCCUUCGAGUUGAAUUGAGCAUAUCAAGAAGUUUCCACAAUGGCUGUCACGAAUACCACUCAUAUUCCUGGUGCGAGGGGUGCUUUACUUGGACUUCGCAUUGCACAAUUGGCGCUUGCUGUUAUUAUACUUGCUAUGUCGUCUUAUGGAGUUUAUUGGAUUGUAUAUGAUGGAGACGCACUUACAUUGGCCUCGGCUGCUAUCUCGAUUGUCAUUUGUGUCUAUGUGAUAGUAGCAAGCACAGGCGCACCUGUCCUGUAUAACUACUGGGCUGUACUUGGACUGGAUAUUAUCGCCGUGAUACUUUGGGUUGUAUCAUUCCCGAUUCUCGCCUCGCAAAUCGCAAAUGCCGUUACUGUCCAAGAGACUUGCGACUCAUAUUACGAUUACUGCUACUACUACAAACACAAACGUGGAUUGAGCCUUGCGAAGCGUGCAGAGACCACUUGGGAGACAUAUAAGAGUGUGAUGAUUGCAACAUCUGCAUUGGGUGGUCUUGAGUUUGUCCUUUUUGCGAUUACCCUCAUCAUUCUCGGCAUUAAUCUUCAUCGACAUCGCAGUGCUGGAGGUCAUUGCCAACCUGGUGCUGCAGCUCCUAGACAUGUUGAUUUUGAAGAAAAACAACAACGUAACGUCGCUGUACCUGUGGAGCCAAGUCAACCUGAGGUUUAUAAUCCAACAGUCACCCACCACUAGAUGUACCUACGACCCUGGCAUACUCAGAGAGAAAUGGAGACAGAGGAAAGAGAGUCACGACUGGAAGGUGAUGGAUACGUUGAAAUGCGGUGUUUUGGUCAAGAUAUUUGAUGAUACCCGAAUAUUUCUUUCGUGUGUAUAGUGUUUUGGACGAAUAGGAAUAAUGAGGCUGAACUAGAGUUAGAGAUUAAGGAUUGAGAAUUGCAUGCAGUCUUCAACAGGACAAGGCAUUUUCCAUAUUGAUCAACU